AUGUCUCUGGAGAUUCAAGGAAGUAUCAUGUCACUUUCAAACAAAGAGCGGGACAGUGUCGCCUGUAUGGAUCAGUUUCCUGUCAAAACUCAAAAGUGGCGACCAGAAAGCACGAUGUUGUUCGUAUCCAGUCCGAAUUUUAAGAGCAAAAUGACUCCGCGGAAUUUCAAGUACCUGCCUGGCAAAGUCUAUGCAGGGAUACCAUUUUUAUGGGUAGUGAGGAAACCUGAAGGAGAUGAUAAUGAUAUCGAAACCCUGCAGCCGGGGUUCUCCAGCCUGAUGGCGGGGCAAGGGAUGUUGCACAUAGAAUGGGCGCCGCAGAGGGAAAUUCUUGGCCACCCUUCAAUUGGGGGGCCAUUUUUCCAUGCAGGGUGUGGGUUCUGA